CUCAACAUUUUUUUUUGCGGUUCGAAGCAUUUUGAUAUUUAAUAUGUUGGACAAAGACCAAAUACGAAAUCCGGCACCAAAUUUUAACCGUUUAUUUAGUCGUAGGAGUAGCACUAUCAGGCUCACACUUGUUACUUUAUUCAUAGGCACAAUAAUAUGGAUCAUGAUCUUAAAACCUUUAGCUGAAUCUGAUACUUUAACUAGUGAUACAGCGAAAAUUAAAAAAGAAUCUACACAACCAACAUGGCAAAUAGACUUGAAGAAAACAAUUGAUGAACGAUUUAGUGUAUAUAAAAAGGAACAAUUUGAAGAAGUAGCUUUAAAAAAGAAUAGGAUGAUUCCAGUAACAGCAGUAUUGUUAAAUUGGAAAAGAAUGGAGGCUCUGCAAACAGCAGUUAAUUAUAUUUCAAAAUAUCCAUUUAUAAAAGAAAUUCUUGUAUGGAAUAAUAAUAAUAAAACUAGGAUUUAUUCUAAGGAUUUUAAGCUUAAUAAUAGUGAUGUUGAAUUAAAUGUUUUUAAUUCUGAAGAAAAUCUUCAUGAUCUUUCAAAAUAUACAACUUGUUCAAUGGCAAAAUAUGAUUAUUGUUAUUUUCAAGAUGAUGAUUGGUUAAAUUUAUACAUGGAUAGUUUAUAUACAAAUUUCCUUGAAAAUCCAAAUUUAAUUCACUCAAAUUCAAUGCCAGUUAUCUAUUUAGAAAGCAGAAGAUGGAUGUUUGCAAACGCAGAUAAAAAUCUUCAUACAGGAUUUACAUGGCUUGGAUGUGGUUCUUUUGUAUCACGGGCAAAAGUUCAAAGAUUUUUAGGGCAACUUGGUUCAAUUUCCUUAAUUAAAGAUAGGUUAAAGCUUGCAGAUAGGUAUUUUUCUUUAUGGACUAAUCAAUAUCCAUAUCAGUUAUCAAAUCCAUUAACACCUUUAGAUCAAAAGGAUGGAUGGGGUGUGGAUCAAUGGAAUAUGGUCUACAAUAAUAUUUUAGAUGCAACUCAAAAGUUAUAUACAGCAUUAGCUGUAAAAUCGAAUUCUGAAUUUUUCGCUCGUGAAGAAGAGAAACCUUAUUAUAAUGACAGAAUUAUCAGGGCUCCAUGUUUAAAUGAUAAAUGCCUUUUUCUGACGAAUAUUGAUCCAUUUCCUCAUCCAUCUCGUGUUUAUUAUGCAAAUAAUAUUACACAUGUUCGUGAUCAGGAAUCAAAAUUUAAUAAAUUAGAUUUCCCUAGUAAAUUUUUUUGGAAUAAUUAUGCAUAUCAUUAUGCUGUUGAUUCUGAUGAAAAAACAUGCUGGAAUUCAUUUAAAAUUCCAAAGAUUGGUGAUUACUUUGGAUUACAGUUUAUUGAACCUAGAUUUCCAAAAAAGAUUACGGUUAUAUCAUCAAGAGAUUUUGAUGCGUCUUUUUAUAUUCGAGUUUCUUCAGGCGGAAAUAGAUGGCGGACAUGUAAUAUAACUAGUUCCAAUAAUACCGAUCACAAAAAUAGAAAUACAUUUGAAUUUGAUUGUUCGAAUACUGUUAAAAAUAGACAACUUAUUAGAUUUAUAAGGAUUGAAGCUUCAAGGGAUUUUCUUGAACCAUUUGAAAUUUGUUCUUUAAUUUUAGAUGAAUUAAAUGUAUAAUAAGUAAUAAUAUUAUAUUUAUAAAAUUAAUGUUAUAUAUUCACAGAUCCUGUAUACAUACACUUUGAUAGUUUAGAUAAUAA